GAGAAAAGGCAGGGACCAGAAUAUAUACACAUAUAUUCUAAGUUAAGGGAGAAAGAUUGAGAAUUGAAGUUGAUGAAACAGUCUUUAAUUUCCUUUUCUGCAGCACAGAAACCGAAGCUUCUCUUUCCCACAAUUCUUUACCUACUCUUUGCGGAAAGACAUAUAGUGUCUCUCACUCUUCAUUCCUACCAUAAUUGAUAAAGUAAACUAGCAAUGGAGUUCGAUUUGGAGAAUCCAUUGACUAGUUCCUCAACAGAACAGCAACCAGAGACAGUAAUCCCAGAUCUCUUCUCCUCUGAAUCUGAUCACUUGCCUUCACUCGUCGUCUCACAAACCAGUGACUUUCAUAUCUGCUUUCGUCGGGAAGCCAUAUCUCUUGCUCUUCGGGCACAAUAUUCCUGCGACUUGGACCCGCUCAUAACCUACCUUGCUGUGAAUUAUAUUGAUCGAUUCAUGUCCAAGAAAGAAAUUCAGCAAGGAAAGCCAUGGGUUUUGAAUCUUCUGGUUAUAUCUUGCCUUUCUCUUGCUGCGAAGAUAAAGAACACAGAUUUCUCUGCAUCUGAUUUUCAGAGAGAACAAGUUUUCAUCUUUGACAGACAGACGAUUAAUCGAAUGGAGCUUCUCAUUUUGAAUGCUCUGGGUUGGCGGAUGAGGUCGAUUACACCAUUUUCAUUUCUGUGCUUCUUCAUUUCUCUAAUGGAACCCAAAGACCCACCAUUGAAACAAGCUCUCAAAGACCGAGCUUCAGGGUUCAUCUUCAAAGCUCAACAUGAAAUCAAGCUGUUAGAAUUCAAGCCAUCGAUAAUCGCAGCAUCAGCACUUAUCUUGGCAUCUCAUGAGCUACUCCCAAUGCAAUAUUCCUCAUUCAAGACUUCAAUUUUGUCGUGUCAAUAUGUGAACAGAGAAAAGCUGUUGGCGUGCUCCAAUGCAAUGCAAGAGAUGGUGAUGGGAGACGGGUAUGAGUCAGUGUCAAGCACAAGAACCCCAUUGAGCGUGCUGGAUCAGCAUUACAACAAAUCUGUGACUGACAACAGCAGCAGCACCACCACCAUUACCAGUGUUGGUAUGAGUAUGACGCCAGGGAAGAGAGAGAUCAAGCGGCGUAAGUUCAAUAACCAUUUCAAUGAAAACAAGGUCGGAUUUUCGCAGAGAUAUUGCUCAGACAGAGACAUUGGUCCAGACACCCUUAUCAAACAGAGGAGUGAGUGAGUAAGCAAGUAGCAAAUGGACGGCUCUGAUUCUAAGGCUUACACAUCAAAUACCAAAAAAAAGAACCCAAAAAGAAAAAAUAGAAAUGAAGAAAAGGGUGUUUUUAUUUUAUUUUUUUUUAUUUGAGGGGUUGGAUGAGAUGUAGUAUUGUCUCUGUCUGUGUCAUUGUUUCCUGGGGGAACUGGUGUCUGUCUCCUGCUCGGUAGUUGCAAUUGUGUGUUCAUAAAUUGUAAUUUUGAUUAUGAGAAGACAAGAAUCUAAAGGUUUCAACAAUUCUUGGGGUCAGCAGAAGAA